AUGCGUUGGCGAGAGCGGCGUUCCAGGGUCGUGUUCGAGAUUCCUGCUCACCUCCGCCAACGCAUACCCGAUAAUCGAGCUCCACUCUAUUACCCUGAAGAGCCUGUGGUGCUCAGACCAGCCAUUGACACCCCCAAGGAAGAAGCGGAGAGAGCGGAGAGAUACGCCCGCUGGCCGAUCUACGACCCUCCAUGGGAGGUCACAAAUUGGGAAGGCGAUAUUCGCCCUCUCGCGGGUUAUGACGCUUGGUUCAGCGUUGGAGAAAAAGGUGCUCAAGGCUUGUGUUCGCCGUACCAGCACACCUCCGCCCUCACCUUCCCGACUCCCGAGCGAAGACCUCAUCUUACCUACCCUGACGAGCCUUCGGUGCUAAGACCAGCAGUUGACAGCCCACAGGCUGAAGUGGAGAGAGCCGAAAGAAACGCAUGGUGGCCAAUCUACGACCCGCCAGUGGAGGUCAUUAAUUGGAAUGGCGAUGUUCGCCCUCUCCCCGGAUAUGACGCCUGGGUGGACACGGAAAAUUUUCCCCCCAUAGUUUCAAAUGAAACAGGAACUUCUUUCAACUACGGAGAGGUUCCAAACAUUUCUACCUCAUUUCUCCUCGAACCAAAGGAGGUCUCUACCAUCACUCCUGCCCAUACAAGCACAUCAAAUAAAAUUUGUAAUGUCGGCCUCGAUUCUGAUUUCAGAACACCUGUCGAUUCAGAGGCGUUGAAGGCUCAAGCAGACGCGAGAAAAAAGGCGGAAAUUUUGGAUAAGCAACAAGACGAAGCGAUUCAGCAGCAUGAGAAUUACACUUACCAACUGGCUGUUCGACUCGCUGAACAGGCAGAGAGGCGAAAGCGACAGUACAAUCAAGAAAUCACACAGUACCAUCAACUUCAUCAACGGCCAGAGAGUAGACGAGAAUUCGAUCUGAACGACCCCGAUUACCUCAGGAAAUCAAAGCCGGCAAGAACGUCCGAUGAUGACCCGACUUUGACAAUAUCAUCUGCACAAAUAUUCGACGGAGAAGACAGAUCUCUCGCCGAGAGGCGAAAAAGACAGCAGGAACAACAAAAAGAGUGGCUGAAUCGACAGAUAGAGGAGAGGAAAAAUACUUUGGACACCGAAUUACGCUCGAAUCAUCAGUAUUUCGAGUAUUUACUCGAGCGAAACCGUCGAGCGAUACAACUCGACGCUCUGGAGAAAGAAUGCAACAAACACAUGCUUCAGACUGUGCAACACUACAAUACGAUUUUGGCAGAGCAAAGGAAAAUGGAAGAACAGCAGCGGGAACGCCAGAAAAUUGAAAACGAUCGGGCAGAGAUGACGAACACUGCUAACAGCGACCUUUUAACGGAGCCUUUGGAAGUGGGGUUCAUGAGUGCUUUUGGACCGGGGAGAAUCAAUUGUCCCAUGUACAAGGGAAUGACAAAUGCGAUGAUUCAGAAAAUAAGAGAAACCCAGCACGUUCAAAGAGAAGAGAAAAAGAAGCAGCGUGAAGCUGAGGCAAAAAAUGAAAGAAGAUGGCAAGAUCUGAUGGAAACUCAAGCAAAACAAGCAGCUCAGGAGAUGGAUGUAAUGCGUCAAAAACAAAGGGAGAUGCAAUACAGAAUAGCACAAGAGAAUAAAUUCUUGAGUCAAGAGCAAGAAGAAAAACUCAACAACUUUAAAAAGUAUGUGAAUGUGAAUGUUCCAACAGCUGAGUACUUCAACAAAUUUGGGACAAGUUCUCGAUAAAGAGAUCCUUUGAUUAUUCAUGACGCCGCUUAAGAAUUUCAAUGGGGGGUAAAAUUUGCCUCUGACCGAUUCAUUCUACAAGAACAUUAAAAACUCAUUGAACAUGAAGAUGAACACUGAAGUCAUAAUGCUGGCACAUGGUGAAAACUAUCCACCAAGACAAGUAAUAGCUGAAUCUUCCCUUGUGACUGAGAGCCUGCUUGGCCCUUGGCACUAAAUGCACUCUCAUUCUCUUGAAGUAAUUUCUCAUGAGGUUUCAUCAUCUUCAGGGCAGAAUGAUAGAGAGGAUCUCUAGUUAUGGUCCUUCAUUUUAGACUAUUCCCACAGUGUACCACAAGAGGAAGUUGUGUUGGCUAUCUAGUUCCGCACAACAGCUUCAAAAUGUACUGGUCUUGGGAAUAAACUGAUAAGGGACGUAUUAUCCUUCAUUGAUAUCAAAUUAGUCAUUGUUCCUUCAUUUCUUUCAUUUUUCCAAAAUGUAUUUUUAUCUACUUCAAUUCUAUUUUUGCGUUGACAUGAACACGGAUCAUACUGCUAGAAAGAUGUUAUUUGUAUUUUUGAUGAAUUAUGUGUACUUCAAAGAUUUAACAUUUGAUAAGAGUUCGCAAUUUUUGAAGAGCAUUCCAAAGAGGCAACUCUUAUAAACAUGCUACAAUGACAAAAAGAGGGUCAGAAGCUUGAUGGGACAAAUAUGUUUGGAGAGGCUCUUUCUUUAAGAGAGAAAGUGGUUUUUAAUUAUUGAUGCCUAUCAUUUACAAGAGUAAACAACCAAGCAAGCCAAUUAAGGAUCACUCAGUUUUCCACACCUUCUAUCCCGGCGAAGACUCAAAAUAAGCUAAGGCAAGGAGAUUUAAAAACAAUUUGAUUUCUUAUGCUUGGACUAAUUCACGGAGCAUACAUGACAAAAACAGUUGCACUUCUUAAACCUGGUAAAGUACUGUUAAAGAGACCACGAGACAAAGUCAGAAAAUGGGUUACUUGCAAAUGAAAUGAGAGAAAUAAAUUAUCUUUGAAAAUUUUAUUAAAAUUGCUUUUGUUAGCGAGGUUUUGGAACAAAAUGUAACAGUUAAUGAAAAGAUCAAAAUUUUAGAGGAAUGAGACACACUUAUUGCAUCUGGAUAGUUCAAAGCACAAGGGGCAUGCUUUAAUUUAUCUUAACUGAUAAUUUAAAAACUAAAUGUUAGAACAAAAGGAACUUUAAAAAAAGGAGAAAGCACCCCGAGAUCAUAUGCGUUACUCAUGCAUUCCACCACCACUACUCAGUAGUUUUCUUUGGAGAAAAAAGAUCGAAAA